AUGGCUACACAAUACACAAAAGAUGUUCAUUUGAACUUUUGCAAGUCGUACGAUCUUUCAGUUGAAGAUGAUUACAUCGACUCUUUUCGUGGAUUUUAUGCAGACAUGUCUGGCAAACUAAACACCAAAAGCACUCCUGAGUUAAUGAAAGAUUUCAAAACAAUCUCAGAAAUAAAUUCAGAAUGUCCUGAGACUAUGAAUCCAUCGUUAUAUAAACAAACCUUUUUUGAUGACUUAGAAGGUGUUUUUGAAGUAAUUCCACAUGAAGUUUAUCAAGUCCGUAGUCGUUCCUUAGACUUUGCCAAUUUAACAGCCGUUCGUGGGAAGACUGGCUGGAUAAUAAUCGACUGUAUGACGACCAACCAUGCAAGUCGAACAUCACUUAAUUUAAUCAAAAAGACUGUAGAAGACAUGAAAGUGUCAUCUAUAAUUAUUACUCAUUCUCAUCAUGAUCAUUAUGGUGGUUAUGAUGGUGUUGGUGAUGAGAAUACUCCGUUGUAUUUGCCCGACAAAUUUGAUGAAAUGAUAUAUGAUGAGAAGAUUAGUGCUGGUGACAUAAUGGACCGUCGAGCACAAUAUAUGUAUGGUGUAUUCGACGAGAAUGCAGUGACUCACUGUGUUACCAAUCCAAUCACUUCUGAAAAUGAAGUUAAAAAGAACUCCAUUCCAUACUCCAAAUACACUACUUACAUUAAAAAUGAUUGUACCUUAUUAGUUGAUGGUAUUGAUGUCGACUUUAUAUACACUCCAGACACUGAAGCUCCAGCAAAUAUGAUGCAGUAUUUCCCACACCUCCAUGCUCUUAGUUCUGCUGAUAACAUCGUUCAGGUCAUUCACAAUUUACUCACUUUUAGAGGUGCCAAAGUGCGCAAUGGUAAAUUGUGGAGUAAAGUGAUUGACAAUGUCAUUAUGAAGUAUGGGAAAGAUGUUCAAGUCCAUUUUGGUGGACACGACUGGCAUUUACUUGGAAAUGCGAAGAUCACCAAAUUCUGGAGUAUUCAGAGAGAUGCAUUUAAAUAUCAGCACGACCAAGCACUUCGAUAUGCCAAUAAAGGAUACACUCCAAAUGAAAUUGCUGAAGUUGUGAAGCUCCCAAAGAGUCUUUCUAAGUAUCAUUGUUGUCGCGAGUUGUAUGGAAAUGUCGGGUAUAAUGUCAAGUCACAAUAUCAGUUGUAUUUGGGGUGGUAUGAUAACAAUCCUGCUCACUUAAAUGAACUUCCACCAAAAGAGCUUUCAGCAAAGUACGUUGAGUCUUUUGGUGGUGAAGAAAAGGUUUUAGAAAUUGGUCAAAUUGCUUAUAGUAAAGGGGAGUAUAGAUGGGCGGCAACGGUUUUAAACCAUUUGGUGUUUUUUAAUUAUAACAAUGAAAAGGCAAAGGAAUUACUUGCUAAUUGCUAUGAACAAUUGGAAUACCAAUCAGAAUGUCCGUCGUUUGUAUAUAACUACCAAGCAGCCGCUUAUGAAUUGAGACAUAAAGACGCACCAAAAGUGUAUGAGAGAGACAUGGAUUUAAAAAGUCUUCCCCUUGCUGCAUUGAUGGACUUUUUGUGCGUACAUGUCGAUCCAAAGAUACUUGGGGAAAUGAAUUCGUCGUUUGAAAUUGAAUAUUCCGAUUUAAAUAGUCGCGCAGUACUUAUUGUGAGUAAUGGUACUCUUCACGUUAGAAAGUCGGGAGAAGCAAAAAAUAAAAUUAAAGCAAAAAGAGACGAUUUCUGUGAGUUGUUUGAAAAGAAAAUAACAAUAGAAGAAGCUAUACAGAGAGGAACAAAAGUUGAAGGGAUGGAUGACGUAAAAAUCCUUUUAGAAGCUUCAGAUUUCAAAGUAAGUUCGUUCUUAUUUGUCGAGCCACACGACUAA